UACCUAUUGCUUUGUGUACGCGUGACGGGCGCGUCUCCACUGUUGCGUCGCGCCUCGAGACCCCUUGCGCGUUUCUUUCGUUACGGCGAACAAAGAUAUUUGUAACCAAGCACGCGUCCUUUGCGUUCCUAAGAUGCCCCAAACUGCUGUCUAGGUAGGAAGCAUACUAGGUUUUGAGACGCAGUCCAUUCGUGUGCGCUUUCGCUAAGCAGAGACGUCCGCGUUAAAGGCUUUCCUCAAUUGCAGGCAGAGCUUUCCAAAGCGAAAAAAAUGAUGUAACGUUUACAGAGGGGUCUGGAUAUUUGUUUGUGGAAACUUGUGGAAGAACUUUGACAUAAAUAAGGUGUUUUACAGUGCGGCUGAAAAGAUGGAUCGCGUUUCGUAAACGCAAAGACUCCCCGUACAGGUGUGACGACGGAUGCAGGGGAGAUGGGGGGCUGUUGGAGAUGGUGCUGCAGGACGUGCACCUGUUGCUUAUCUGAAGAAGAUAGGAGCGCUAUCGCGGUGCACAAUGAAAUAAAACGCGUCCUGGCGGAGCAGAAGAAAAGAGAACGCAGAGAGAUCAAAAUACUUUUAUUGGGCACUGGAGAAAGUGGGAAGACGACUUUUAUUAAACAAAUGAGGAUCAUUCACGGAAAGGGGUUUUCGGAAGAAGACAGACGUGCUUAUGCUAAAUUGGUUUUCCAGAAUAUCUUCACAGCUAUGAAGUCAUUGACAGGGGCUAUGACCACCCUAAAGAUUCCUUACGGCAACCCACAGAAUGAGGUGUACAGUCAACAGUUUCAACAGGUGGAAAUAAUCCAUGUGACGCAAUUAAACAGAAUGUAUGUUGAAGCUAUUCGGCGACUUUGGGCUGACCCGGGUAUCAAGAACUGUUACAGACGUCGUCGGGAGUACCAGCUAAUGGACUCUACAGAAUACUUUAUGACAAGUUUAGACCGUAUCGCAAGCGCAGACUACAUCCCCACGGCUCAGGAUGUGCUCCGAGUGCGAUUCCCCACCACAGGCAUCAAUGACUAUUCCUUUAGUGUGGAGAAGAUCACUCUCAGGAUUGUAGAUGUCGGCGGCCAGAAGUCCGAAAGGCGAAAAUGGAUCCAUUGCUUUGAGAAUGUGACGUCUCUGAUGUUUUUAGCAUCUCUCAGCGAGUAUGACCAGGUGCUGGAGGAGAACAACAAAGAUAACCGCAUGAAAGAGAGCUUGUCGCUCUUCUACACCACCAUCCACUCGCCGUGGUUCGCCAAUUCCUCCAUCAUCCUUUUCCUAAACAAGAAGGACAUCCUGGCAGAAAAGAUCCAGACGUCAGACCUACAAACGUACUUCCCGACUUUCCGAGGCAAACGUCGGGACGCGCAAGAAGCCAUGGAGUACAUCUCAGAGAUGUAUCAACGGCAGGCCGUCAAUGUUGAGAACAAGGACUGUAAACACAUCUACUCUCACUUCACCUGCGCCACGGACACCAGUAACAUCCGGAAGGUUUUCAGUGAUGUGAAAGACACUGUACUGAUCACAUCUCUGAAGGAGUAUGGAGUACUAUAAACUGACCCUUCAAGAAGCACCAAUUAAGCGUUGAUCCUUUUAGGAUGUUUUGGGAUGUUUAAGCGCAGAUCUCGCUUCGGCCUCUGAAUUUGCAGUCAAAUUACUCCAACGGACCUACAUGGAAUACACAAAGGAUGCUGUUCAGUGUUGUUUCUUGUGCAACGCUAUGCAACCUUUCCUUGCUUUGUCUUUUGAUUCAUCUUUUCUUGACUUUUUGUUAUUGACUUUUGGUGAAUGAUGCCAAAUGUCAUUGGUUACAACGAGGCCCGUUCAGAAUCUGCACUCGUGAUAAAUUCCUAAAAGUGGGUGGAUUAUGCAGAUAUUUGCAGAUUCUGUUCCAGCCUAGUUAUAACCUAAAACGUCAUGUGAAAAAAACAUUUGCACAGGCACACAGCACCUCCCGCUGGUCGGAAUGACACACUUUCCUCUGCAGUAUCAAAACAAUCAAGUGAGGUAACUUUGAAGGUAUGAGGAAGUUGUCAUAUCCCACCUCAGGUUGUUGCUGGAAUGCAGCACAGCCGACCGAAUAUUUGGGGUGGCGGGUUUUGGUUUCGAGGGGGUGGAGAAACACUACAUCAGGGCUAGUGAACUCCAGUCCUUUAGUUCCAACCCUAAUCAAACACACUUGUUGAGGACCAGAGUUUACUAGCCCUUCACUACACUGUACUUGCCAAGUAAAAUGACUUGUGUGUUAUUAGGCUAAAUAAAUAGUAGAGAUGAACCGAUACAAUUUUUUUUCCACUGAUACUGAUAGCCGAUUAUUCAGAGUGAUAUCGACCGAUACCGAUUUUGAAGAUUAAAUGAUUAUUUCCUAACUUUCUGAAUGUUAUUAAUUCAUAUAAUGACUAUUAAUUUUGAACAUCAAACUGGUGAUGUUUCUAUCCAUUUUCUGCGUACAGAGCACAAAUUCAUUGCAUUUUCCUGUCCUCUUUUGAUUGACAGUAUAUAUCGGCCUUGAUCAGUGUCUGUUCUAAACUAUCGGCUGAAAAAUUGCUCUUGUUGACCGAUUAUUGACCGAUAUAUCGGUGCAUCUCUAAUAAAUAGAUUUUAAACGGUUCUGAUUACCUCAAUAGUUCAUGAGGGUGAGAGCUACAUUGACUGGUAAAAAAGUAGCAAAUAAUUUUUUUGUAUGUAAUUGUGCCAUUAAAAGAACCUAAUAUGUAGUACUUUUUAUUAUGGAAACAAAGGCAAGAUUACUACAAAACAUCAAAACGGAGUCAAAAUUAUUUACGUUAGGGUUUAUUUUAAUUUAAAUUAUAUUAUCCACGUAGUAUUAAUUGAUACAUUUCAUAUAAAAAUCUUUGCAUGUAAGAAGUAUUUGUAAAGUGACCUAGUAGUAAAUAUUUUACGUAAUAAUUUUGUGCUUAAAACGUUGUUUUUCAAUGUGGCCCCAGACCUUUUGACCAUACUGUAGUUUCAGCUGUUUCAAGGGGUCCCAGAUGCAAUUUAGAGACGUUUUAAGAGAUAAUCUGGUUGUUAAAGUACCAAUGCAUUUUCUAGAAAUCAGAUGUUUCUUUCCAGUACACUGUUACUUUUCACAAACUUAUUAAUGUAGGUUGAGCCGGUUUAUUUUUGUAUUCUAUCUAUUGUGCGCGAGUUCAUGAUAUAUACUGUAAACAUUUGGUAUACAGUACAUAAUACUGUCAUUUUGCAAACUGGUCUGUUUGCUGUGUAUAAGUAUAAUAAAGCAAUAAGCCCCACGAAGCAGUGGGUUACAGUGCAUUUUAUAACGGCUAAGGGCGCUAAAACCCCCUCAGCUGUUAUAAAAUGCACUGUAACCCACUGCUUCGCGGGGCUUAUUGCUUUUAUAAAACGGUUAUUACAUAUGCGUAGCAAGGUUUCAUAAAAUAAAGUAAAUAAAAUGAUAUUUAGGCUAUGUGGUGCGGUCAGCCGUUAUAAAUCGGGGUAUUUUAUAACGGCUUAGAAUUUAGCUCAGCCAAUCGGAAUCAAGGACCAGAAAUGACCAUUUUAUAAUAGUAUUUUUGGAGGGGAUAGUAUAUACUGCAUACUAGGGAUGAAACAAUAUCAAAAUCUCACUGUACGAUAAUACCUCGGUAUAACAUCCACAGUAUGGUAUUUGUUGCAAUAUUUACAUUUAUGCAUUUGGCAGAUGCUUUUAUCCAAAGCGACUUACAUUGCAUUAUCCUAUACAUUUUGUUUCUAAGUAUGUGCAAUCCCUGGGAUCGAACCCAUGACCUUGGUGUUGUUAAUGCCAUGCUCUUUCCACUGAGCUACAGGAAAGCUAUUUAUUGCAAUAUUUAAAAUGACAAAUGAUGACUUGGAAAUGUGCCAUAAGCUUCCUCUUUUCUUUAUCCUCUAAUGAUAACUGUUGCUUAGAGGUAUGAGUUAUAGUAUGAGAUGGGUCAAAUGACCUAAAUAUCCCUUUUAUAAAAUAAAACAAUUGCACCAGAUGGAACUUGCCAAACAUCUAUUAUUUUAUCGAACAUUCUCUAUGUUAGGCCUGGAAGACCUACCGUUUCAUACAGUCAUGUGACCACGAUAAUAUUGAGACUAUUGAGAAUUUUGUUAUUGCGAUAACACGAUAUCGAUAAUAUUGUUACAUCCCUACUGAAUACAUGAAUAAACUCUCCUCAUUAUGUAGAAUUGUGUUUUAAAUAGACUUUUAACCAUCUAAAUAUACCUAAUAAGCCCAUAAAAUGUAUACCUUAUUUAAUACUACCGUAUUAACUGUGAAUGAAUCAGGAAAGAUCCAUGGUUUCUAUAGUAAAGUAAUUACCAUGUAGUUUUGCUACAAAUAUCAUGGUAAAUAUUGUUUUACUACAAAACACUAUGGUUAGUAAAACUAACUUAAUGAAAAAAUUGUGGAUAUUUAUAUAUAUUACCAUUGUCAGAUUAGAUGUGAACACCCGCUGCUGUUUGUCAGCAUUCUUAAUAUUAAUAAACUGGUUUUCUAAGGUGAAAUAAACAAUCGUUGACAUCUUUUGUUUUCUUUGUCUUCCUCCCACACCCAAAUCUUUUGGUCAUAUUAAGUCUUGCGUCUUUGUUUUUUUCUUAAUGUCCACCCUCUUCUAACUCCACCCUAUUAUGA